GAAGCUGGAUAAUAGUAAUAGUGAUCUUAGCAGCACAUGCUCUGGUCCUUGACGAUUUGAGAAAAAUUAACUGUAAUUUUGAAUUUAAGAAAGGGACUUAUUAUCUGUUAAUAGCUUACAAGAAAAUGGGUGCGUGGCUUGGAAUCUCAAGUUAUUACUGCUGAUUAUCUUCAGAUCUUUUUCAAGAUUCAAUUUUUUCGCUGAGAUGAAUGUGAACCCAGAAAAAGAUACUGAUUUUUGAUGUGUGGAAUUUGGGUUUUUUGAGAAAGAAAUUCAGAUUUUUUCUUAAGGAAUUCUUGUUCCAGUUGGAUUGGAAGCAAAGACUGCAGCAGUUCAAUCCGAAUUCAUCUCUUGAAGAUUGAAUCAAUUAGUGUUGAUUCUAGUUCGUGGCUUCUCAAUACCAGUUUGCAUUUUGCCUAUUAAUUUCCUUGAUUUGUAAUGAUUUUAGGAUUUAAAGUAGUGUUUCAUUGAAGAUAAAGAUGGAAAAGAAGAAAUGGCUGUGGAAGAGAAAAUCUUCUGAGAGGAGCCCUGGUGAAAGUGAAAGCUCAGGAUCAUUUUCUUCUCCUUCUGAGAGAUACUCGGACGAACAGGAUGCAUCGAGAGAAUCUCCAAAUGGUAGCGUACAGUCGCCAGAAAUAACGUCUAAACUCUCAUUUACUGACGACGAAGUGAAAGAAAACAUGAAGAGGCUGACGGAGAAGUUAUCAGCUGCUCUUGUGAAUGUCAGUGCUAAAGAAGAACUCGUCAAGCAGCAUGCGAAAGUUGCUGAAGAAGCUGUUGCUGGGUGGGAGAAGGCAGAAAAUGAAGUGUCAGCAUUGAAGCAGCAGCUCGAGAUUGCGUUGCAGCAGAAUGUGAACUUGGAAGUUCGAGUCAGCCAUCUCGAUGGUGCUCUCAAGGAAUGCGUAAGACAGCUGAGACAAGGACGAGACGAGCAGGAAAAAAGAAUCUCUGAUGCCAUAGCAGAGGGAAAUAGGGAGUGGGAGUCCAGAAAAGUUGAACUCGAGAAGCAAAUUGUUCACCUCCAGGCACGAACAGAAGCAAAAGAAAGCGAAAAUUCUUCUGUUAAUAACCCCAAGUCUCUUCUAGUUCUUGAGAGUGUGGAGAAAGAGAACUUGUUUCUGAAGCAAGAGAUGAAGGCUCGCUGCAAGGAGUUGGAAAGUGUUAUAAUCGAAAGGGAUUUAAGCAUACAAGCUGCAGAAACUGCGAGCAAGCUGCAGUUGGAGAGUAUUAAAAAGGUUGCUAAGCUUGAAGCUGAAUGCAGGAGGCUUCAAUCUCUUGCUCGAAAAUCAUCUCCCGUGAACAAUUUGAAGCUCGCCCCGACUUCCCAUUUUUAUGCUGAAUCUUUAACGGAUAGUCACUCGGAUAGUGGGGAGAGGCUGAAUGCAGUAGAGAUGGAUGCUUGUAGGACGUGUAAUGUGGACAGAAACGGGUCUGAACCAAGCUGCUCGGACUCAUGGGCAUCAGCCUUGAUUGCAGAGCUCGAUCAAUUCAAAAACGAGAAACUCUUGGCAAGUAGUCUAACGGCCUGCUCCAUUGAAUUUGAUAUGAUGGAUGAUUUUCUCGAGAUGGAGCGCCUAGCUGCAUUACCUGAUACUAAGAGCAACACCCCUUUUACAGCGUCUGAAUCUACUUCGGGUGAAUCAGUUUCCAUGGUUAAUCCGCUUAGAGCUGAGCUCGAUUCAAUGACUCAACGAGUAGCUGAGUUGGAAAAGAAGUUGGAGCAGAUGGAAGCCGAGAAGGCUGAACUCGAGGCUGCUUUAGAUGAAAGUCAAGGAUUGGUCAAGGCAGCUGAAACGAAGACGGAUGAACUCCAGAAGGAGCUGAAGGCCGUGAACGAGGCUAAGGAGCUGCUCGAGUCUCAACUCAUUGGCAUGGAAGUAGAAGCAAGGACCAUGUCUGCAAAUGUCGAUCUUCUGAACACAGAAAUCCAAAGCGAACGUACGUUAUCAGCAGAACUAUCGGUCAAGUGUCGAGAGCUGGAGACCGUAAGUGUUUUGCAGAAAAACACACCACCAAAUUCAAAUGGUGAACUCAAGAUAAAACAGGAGGAUCUAGCCGUGGCUGCUGAUAAACUCGCGGAGUGCCAGAAGACAAUAGCAUCUCUUGGAAUGCAGCUCAAAUCCCUCGCGACGUUGGAGGAUUUCUUGAUUGACACGACCAACAUACCGGGGUUCUCUAAUGGCACGCUGAGUGGUGCUGACAUGCCAAAGGAUGAAACGAGCCAUUCUACAAGGACGGGGGACGGGCCUGGUGGUAAUGUGGGUAACGGGAGCAGCGAGGAAGCUCCGGCACCCUUUGCUUUGUUAACCAACCAUCUGACUGCGGCCAAGAGCAGGAAUGGUUUUGGGAAGUUUUUCUCUCGAAGCAAGAGCGGCGUCGAGCUUGUUAACAGGCAAGAUUAGGGCAGCUUCUCUGUUUUUUAGGUAUGAAGAGGAUUUCUUUGCUGAUUAAAUCCUGUUUGAUUGGCAAUUGCUUUGUGAAAAUGUAUGGAUUGCUCAAAAGCUUAUUGAGUUCAAAUGGUUUCUUCUUGUUUGUUCCAA